AUGGCUUCUCCCUCUUUGCACGAAGAAGAGUUCGAUAUUAUCCUCGCAGGCGGAGGCACCGCGGCCGGCGUCAUUGCGGGGCGUCUCUCGUCUGCGUGUCCCUCUCUACGCAUUCUCAUGCUCGAGACAGGCCCGCACACGCAGGAGGACCUCGCCCACGUACAACCCGCACGUUUCUUGUCUCACUUGCGCCCGGACACGAUCACCGCGAAGCACGUCGUUGCGCGGCCCAGCGAGCACCUCGAUGGACGGUCGCUCAUCGUGCAAUGCGGGCAGUGCGUUGGGGGCGGAUCGAGCGUGAACUUCACGAUGUACACCCGCGCCCCGGCGUCUGACUUCGAUGACUGGGCGAACGUUUACAAUAACCCGGGAUGGGCGUUCAAGGACGUUCUACCCCUCAUCAAGAAGAUCGAAAGGUACCAAAACUCGCCGGGGGUCGAACAUCAUACGCACGGCUAUGACGGUCCGCUCAAGGUCUCGUACGGAGGAUAUCGCAAUGCCGUCGGUGAAGACUAUCUUGCCACGGUGGCGCAAUACGACACCGGGCGCCCCAUUGUGAAUGAUAUCAAUACUAUGGUCGAAGAUGUCAACCGUUUUGAGCGUUAUCCCAAAUGGAUUGACGAACAAACUGGGCGCCGGUCCGAUGUUCCGCAUCACUACGUGUACAAUAAUGCCUCAUACGGCAGCAAUCUGCAGCUUAGGGCAGCUUGUACCGUCAAGCGCGUUAUCAUGGAGAACGGGAGGGCUGUCGGCGUUGAAUACAUGCACAACCCCCGAAUCAAUGCGGACGCGGACAACGUCCUGCAUAUCGCGAAGGCGAAGCGUAUGGUCAUCGUGUCUGCUGGGACGUUCGGCUCCCCAGGCAUCCUCGAGAGAUCAGGAAUCGGGGCUCCAGGUAUCUUGAAGCAGAAUGGCGUGGAGCCGAUCGUGGACUUGCCCGGCGUGGGUGAGAACUACAACGACCAUCCGCUUUUGUUCCUCCCCUUCUACGCCGCGGAAGGUACGGUCACCCUUGACGGGAUAAUCAGGAACGAUAAGGAAGAGAUCGAGAAAUGGUCUACACAGUGGGUCAGUGAGGGCAAGGGCCUGAUGGCGACCAACGGAAUCGAUGCGGGGUGCAAGUACCGUCCCACGCCCGCCGAGCUCGAGGAUAUCGGGCCAACCUUCAAGGAACGGUGGGAAUCCUUCUAUGCCAACUCGCCCGAGAAGUCUAUCUUGUGGAUCGGAGAAUUAGCUAUGUACGUCGGUCCGUCUCAGCCGUCCCCGGAUGUACUGUGUUUCUGCACAGGGGGGUUCUCAAUGUAUCCCUCCGGGAUCGGCUCGGUACACAUCACCUCGGGUGAGGACCCCCAUGCGCCCGUGGACUUCGUGUCAGGUGUGUUCAGCAGCCCCGAUGACCUCGCCGUCAUGAGGCAUAUGUAUAAGCGUUGCCGAGAGAUAGGACGACGGAUGUCGUGCUUCCGUGGCCUGUACGCUCCUGACCAUCCGACGUUCCCGGACGGGAGCGCGGCGCAUGGUCCUGAGGCGCUGACUGGCAUGCCUGUGGACGUGCACGCACCGGACCUCGUAUACACGGAAGAGGACGACAAAGCGAUCGAUGUGAUACUCAAGUCACAUAUUCUUACUGCGUGGCACUCGAACGGCACUUGCACCAUGAAGCCGCGCGAUCAAGGGGGUGUCGUCGAUCCGCGCUUGAACGUGUACGGCGCGCAGGGGCUGAAGGUCGCGGACGUCUCAAUCUGUCCCGCUAACGUCAGCACGAACACGUAUUCCACUGCGCUCACGAUAGGCGAGAAGGCGGCGGUCCUGAUUGCAGAGGAGCUGGGCAUCACAGGCGUGUAG